AUGAUUUAUGAAGAAUGUAAGAGAGAUUGCACUAUGGAUUGGCUAGAUUGUGUGAGCGGUUGUGAUAGUAUUGGAAAUCCUUCAUUUUGCCAUAAAAAUUGUCAAAAGUAUAAAAUAAAAAAUUUAUUCAGUGUAGUGCACUCAUGCUUAGACGAAUGCCCAAAAAUAAUAUGUAUAGAUGAUUGCAGAAUCAAUUUGGAGUAAUNUUAAUAUAAAAAUAUUAUGACAUUGAAAACGAUUAGGAGGGAAUGCAAAAGCCAGUAAAUAUAAAUGUUAUUGUCAAAAAGUCAAGAGAAUUGGAUCAUCUUAAAGAUUUAUGAGUGGCUAGGAAAUUUCAAAUUAGCAAAUCAUAAGGCUAAGGAGGAGAGAAAAUGA